CCCUCUGCGCUCCCCUUCACAUACCACUCACACUCUGUCUGCCUCCCUCUCUCUCUCUCUCUUUUUCUCUCUCUCUCUCGGCUGAAGCUAAACCACAACCUGCUCCCGACGACGCCCUAUCGCCCAUGAGAUUCCAGAGUCCACCGCGCGCCUGUUUCGCACGAGACGAAGCCGUCGGGUUCUCAUUAUAACGUCAGGCUGCGCGCGCGAGCUGCCUGCCGCGUCACCUCGGCUAUAAGAGGAAAAAAAAAUAAAGAAGGAGGAGGAGGAGAGAGAGAGAGAGGGGGGGUGUUUGGUCAUUCUGAAUCCAGAAAUAAAUAACAAUAAUAAAAAAAAAAAAACAACAACAAAAAACAGCGAGUUUGGGAGACGUCUGCAGCGGGAAGGAAACGGGAUCUGCAACUGAGAUGGCGGAGGUGUCACAAGAGGAGAGACUCCAGGUCAUUGCUGAGAAGAGGAAGAAGCAGACAGAGAUUGAAAACAAGAGGAGGCAGCUUGAUGACGACCGACGGCAACUCCAGCAUCUCAAGUCAAAGUCACUGAGGGAGCGCUGGUUGCUAGAUGGAGCUCCAGCAGAAGAGGAGACGCAGAGGCGUCUGCAGGAGGACGAGAUGAAGACCAAGCUUCUGGAACAGGUCAUCCUCAGGCUGGAGCAAGAAAUUGAAGAACUGGAGACAGGCGUGCCAGCUAAUAAAGGUGUGGCCAAAGAAAAUGGUGAGAACGGAGUAGUGCAGACCUCCGGCCAGACCCCUAAGAGAGAGGUAACGGGGGUCGAAGCCAAGCUGCUGGGCCCCAGCCCCGACCAAGCCAGCGAGGACAACCCAGUGACCCUGGUGUUCAUGGGCUACAAGACCGUUGAGGACGAGAAGGAGACGCACACGGCCCUGGGCAUGGAGGGCGUGGACGGCAAUGUGAAGGCCGAGUUCGUGGUGAUUGACGACGGCGAGGGGAAGGCGGCGGACGCGGCCAUGGAGGAGCAGGCCCCGCCCAAUGGCAGCAUGGCGGAAAAAGAGAAGGCCAACGGAGGCGGAGAGGAGGGAGAGAAGGAGAAGAAACAGACCUGCAAAUGCUGCACGGUGAUGUGAGAUAUGUGUGUUUAUCUGCGUGGGUGCGUGUGCGUGUGUAUGUGUAUGUUUGUGUGAGACUGACUGCGUAUGGGUGAGUACACACCUGCACCUGUGCAGAACCGUGUGCCAUUGCAUGAGUCCAUAUUUGCAAACGUAUGUAGCUUUUUGUGUUUGUGUGGAAGUGUGUGUCAGGACUGAUUUACAGCUACACAGUCAACAUCCCAACAACGAGAGCCGACUCGAGCUCCAGCUCCAAGAACCACAAAGACUCAUAAGUACACUUACUCUAUAUACUUUCUCUGUAUUUGACUUUUGAUUUCUAUUGAUAUUUUUCUAUUUUUCUGUCUUGACCUUUAUAUUGUAGCCUACUAAGUGUGUUUAUCCUUAUUAUGAGGCUGUGUACUGUACGUUCAUUGUUCUUAUUGUUUUAAAAAAAAAAUGUAUUAGCUCUCUGGAUUGUACUGCAGCCCAACUGGGAAAAUUUCUGGAAAAAAAAAAAAAAUCCAAAACAGCAAAACUAUGAAGGACACAGAUACUUAAAUAUAUAUAUACAUAUAUAUAUUUCUCUGUGUAGGCCUACCAACUAUUUAUCAGUCAAUUUCAUAUUGCAAUAUUGUCUAAGACAUUAUUUUGAAUAGUAUUUUAAUAUAUUGAUAUGAAAUUAUGUUUUAUACAAUGUAUUUAUUGCCUUGGUUCUCUGUGUCACCCUUCCACCACCACCUGCAUGUUAAGGCUUGUAAGCGCCACCAGAUGAACUCUCAUUAACAAGUGUCUGUGCUUUCUUAGAGUCAUGCGUGCUCAUAUCUUUAGUCACACAAGUCGUUCUGUCAGUAAUGGUGAAUUAUUAUAAAUGCAGUGUUCGAGUAACGCAUUAUGUCUAAAGGCAAAUAUACGGCAAAGAGGCACAUAGAGUCACCGAUCGUGUUGCGGGUCACUUUUAGUUCAACACUAGAUUGUAGAGCACGGCAGACGUACCAUGGAGGUCACCGCUUUAGUGUUUUCUGUUGUGAGAGAAUUGAUAUAAGUUUAAGAUGUUUUAGGUGAUUCGCACCAUUACACUGUUGCUGAAAAGGCUUAAAGUGUGGGCCACGUUAAUUGGCAGUUUAGGAUCUUUUUUUUUUUUUACACCGCCAGAAGAGGCCACGAUGCAGACCCUGUUUCUUUGAUCUUUUAGGUAAAGUCGCGUUGUUUGACUUUCAUUUUAAUAUCACAAUAAAUUGGACCACAAACUUGUGGCGAGUUUUACUCAUAACCCACUCAUUUAAACUCGGCUUAAUUGGGCCAGCUGAGAACAGACUAAAAAAAAAAAUGUUCUAGACCAAGAAAAUUGAAAACAAAUGUAGGAAAUCCGUUCCUUUUCUACAAGAAAAUGUGACUUCUUUUAGAGUCGUCAAUAAAAUAUCUAAUGUGUCGUUUAUUAUAAGCUCACAGUUACAAAUCAGUUUUGUCACAUGGCUAAAAGUUUGAGCGCCACUGCUCUAGAUCUUCCAGAAUCCUCUUCUCAUCAUUCAGCCCACAGGUAUCCAACAGGAUUUGGCUCUGGAGCCUGAGAUAUUGUCUCAGGAACCAUUUCUGUGUUGAUAUUACCAGGGUGUGGGGGUUAUGCUUAUCAUAUUUAAAGAUCCAUUCAUGACUCGUUUCAAUCUUUUAAGAAUUUUACUUAAAAACCUCCUGGGUUUUCACAGAGUUCAUGAUUUCACUCUUAUUAGGUUCCUGAGGCCUUUUUGAGGACAAACAUGCCCACAGCGUCACAGAUGCCCCACCGUACUUGACAGUGGGCAUGACAUUUUUUUCACACAUUCAUGUAUGAAACAGAGCCCAAGCCUUGGCUGCUUUUAGCCACUGACCAAGCACUACUGGCUCUGUGUCACAUCAUAUUUAUUCCCCAGAAACAGAAAAUUACUAAUCAGAUGUUCCUAAAAACCUAGAAACUCUGAUUCAAAAAAGUCUUUUUUUUUAAUUCCUCAAUAAUAUUUGCUUUAAAUUGAUUACAACUAAUGUUGCUAAAAUCCAAUUAUUUAUUAACAGGGAUUAUACUUGCAAAUCAAUAAAUGGGUUCAAAUUAAAGAUUGGAGUUGUAUUUAAAAAAAAAACAUGUGAGAUUAUGCUACUGCAAUAAAAGAUGGGUGUAUUUUAGAGCUUUUAAAACAUUUUUACUAGGUGUUCCAAUAAAUGUGUCCUACACUGUAAGUAAUUCUGUUCUCUCAACAGUAGGAUCAAUGUAAAUCUAAAUAAGGUAGCACUGCAUGAAGCCUUGCAGCUUUGUUUAUCUCACCACUUGUUGGGUCUUUAUUGUUAUAUGCGUCAUUGUUCACAUGAAUGUAAACACAGGGGUUAAAUUGGGAUUUUGUUCGCCUUUUAAUGAGAAAAGUCAACGCUGUUCAGCUCUCAUUACUAAAUGAUAAAUAAAAAAAGCUUUUUGUUGUUUUAUGAACCGAAUAAAACUUAAAUAUACUGUAAUUUCCCUGUGUGGUUUUCAAUUUAUUUUGUUUUGUUAUUUUUUUUCUCACUCCCAGUUUAACCCCUGACUACUUUUUAAAAGAUAAAAACCCUGCAAAUAGUCACACUUGUUUCCAAAAAAAAAAAAAUGGAAAAGGCUUUCAUUCUUCAAAUAUCAAGAAUCUUUGAUCUGAUCUGCCUUAAAACUCAAUUUCUUGAAUGAGAUUGUGUCUUCUACAUGUAUAGACGGUUGAUGCUCUUGAGCAAAUGUCAGCCUGGCAGUUUUUAGGAGUGCAAGCUGAAAGCCCGAAAGGCCUGCUCCCAGUUCUGACCCUUGUUUGUUUGGCUGACAACAUGACAUUACGGAUGGUCUGAGUCAGUGAUGCAACACAAACAGUCUUCUGCUCACCCACAUCUUUCAUAACCCCGACACUGUUCUCCAUAAUCGUCACUGUCAAACUGUAGCUGCAACCCCUCUGUGCUUGGAUACCUGCUACUUGGGGGUGGAGGGGGGGAGGGUAAUUAACAAAAAUAAAUAAAUAAAUAAAUCUCUGAUGCUGGUGCUAUGCUGCAAAGCUCCUCAAUCACCAACUUUUGUUGUUCAAACCUGUUUCCUCUUUCUUACUCAAACUGCUGGUAGGGCAGAAUCAGCUGCCCUCCUGGGAAUCCUCUGCUAUCUUCAGUGCCAGAUGCAAGUCCUGCCUGCGUUUUUCCACCUGUGGAAUGAUCCCUUCGUACAUUCCAAAGGGAGGUCAGCAGGUCUGGACGAAUACAUUACAGUCUAUGCGUUCCAUAUGUACACUUCCACUCCAACUGUACAACGGCAUUUCAUAUGUACUCAUAUACAUGUUUUUAUUUUGUUCUUUUUGGCCUUUUUGCAAGGCCUGCUAAUUGAAUUUGAUGUUUGUACUUGAGAAGAAGAAAAAAAAAGACAUUUGUGUAUUGUUGGUGCCUUGUCAGGUUUGUUUGGCUGAACUUUUUUUAGACAGAGUUUUUUUCUCUCGCUCUGCUUCAUGUGACCAACGACCCACUGGAAACACUGCCUUUCUGCUCUGCUGGAGCGCUCCUUGAGAAUACGGUGCCUUGCACUUGUAUUGAGAUUUUCCGCAUUUUUGUCACGUUAUGACCACAAACUUCAAUAUAUUUUAUCUGAUAGACCAACACAGAUUGGCACGUAAGUGAAGCGGGUGGCAAAGGAUACCUUGUUUUCAGAUUUUCCCUACUUUUAAAAGUAAAAGUGUGGUGUGCUUUUGUACACAGCCCUUCUGACUCAAUGUUUUCCGGAACCAUUUGCAACCAUUUAAUGGUAUAUCUGCCAUAUUUUCACAUUUACAAAAUAGCUUAAGCAUAGUCAGUUUCGAUGGAGAGAAUCUUGGUAGAAUCAGUUUUCAAGCCUUACCACAGUUUCAAGAUUGGAUUGGGGUCUGGACUUUGACCGGAUCAACUUAAAAAAGUGCAUUGAAGUUCUAGAUUUAUGUUUAUGGCUAGAUUUUUUUGUGCCUGGUGGAGGUAGUAUUUCCACUGCAUGGAGCUGUCACAUUUUGUGGUUAGGUGUAGUGUUUGGUCCAUGUGAUUAAUGCACUUUCUUCCACAUUAUUUCUGUGCGCCCUGCAUGACUUUAAAUAGAACUUCUUUUGACUUUCUUCUUGCCAAUCUGCCAUAGAGACCAGGUCUACUAGAGCUACCUUGGAUCUCUUGACAGAUUCUGUGAUUAACUGUCUCUGUGACAUCAUAGUGUAGGUGGAUAUACAUUUCUUGGUAGCUUUCCAGUUGUCAAACCCGUUCAGAUGAUUGAUUGGACAGAGUUCUGUGAGAUGCUUGAAGCUUGGAAUAUUGUUUUAUAACCUAACUCUGCUUUAAACUUUUCCACAAAUUUAUCUUUGACCUGUCUGCUCCUAUUCUUGAUCCGCCUGAUGUUGUUUGAUCAAUAAUGUUCUCUGACAAACCUCUGAGGCCUUCACAGAACGAUUGUAUUUACACUGAAAUUAAAUGACAUGCCAACGGACAACUGGUUGCACUAGAUUAUAUUUAGAGGUAUCACAGAGAAGGGGGCUGAAUGAUAUGUGCACCAAACAUUUUGAAAACUCUAAUCUUUCUCCCACUUCCAAACUAAAUGGAACUUCGGUGUUGAUGUGGCACAAAUAGUCUAAAUAAAAUGCAAUGAACUUUGUGGUUAUAAAAUGACAAAAUACUAAACGUAUAAGUAUACUUUGCAAGUAGCUACGAGAACCCAACACUUUUUGACAAUUUUAGAUACCUGCACCUUCGUUGACAGGUAAUAUGCAGACUAAUUUUGGAGUCUUCAAAACACUUUAUAUCCUUCAUUUACUCUUUUUUUUAUUAUUAAUCCUAUUUUGUUUUUGUUUGUUGUUUCUUUUGUUGUUGUUGUUGCAUCAUCCAAAGUUAAACAAUUUUGACUGGAUGCAAACUUUAUAGAAAAGACUAACUGGCAACCUAUGUGUGUAUAAAGUGUAUACACAUGUACAUAAUGUGUCUGUAUGCAUACAUAGAAAAUAAAUGUAAAUUUGGUGGGCUGAAGGUUUGCUUAGUUGUGGGUCUCUGGCGUAGCACAGCCACAGCAAAAAUAUAUAUUGAAAAAUAAAUUUGUGCUGAACAAAUGCCUGUUCAUCUAUUAUGUGAUCAUCUAGAUGUCCUGUCUUGAAUAAAACUACUGUUUGACAACAUCAAGUCGGAUACAUUUGAGUGUAAUUAAGCAACUACAGAACAGAGAAGUCUGCUGUAAUAAGCAAAGUAUUUUGAACUUUAUAUCUAAUAAAAAUGCAAGGUAAUAAUGA